AUGUCGGACGACGAGGUCCAAGAGGAGAAGGAGUUGGAUCUCUCAUCCCCAGACGUCGUCACAAAGUACAAGAGCGCCGCUGAGAUUGUUAACAGUAAUGUUCUCUCUUCCCGUUGAAUUUUUUCCCCACGUCCUAUUCAUCCAUAUGGCCUUCCAUGCACUCUUUUCACAGCUUUUAUGGAUAUUCAGUCUUGGCCUAUUUCUCUUUAUCGUCAAUGCAGAGGCUCUUCAACUGGUUAUUUCUGAAUGUAAGCCGAAGGCCAAAAUUGUUGACCUAUGUGAGAAGGGUGAUUCCUUCAUUAGAGAGUAAGUUUUGUCAACAAUUUUUUGCUUUUAUUGUUUCAAGGUUUUUUUGGUGUUUUUUGAAUGUGUUUUUGUUUGUGGGGAAUUAUGAAUAAUUCAUGCUUUGACGUAGGCAAGCUGGCAACAUGUAUAAGAACGUGAAGGAAAAGAACGUGAAGAAAAAGAUCGAGAGGGGUGUUGCGUUUCCUACAUGCAUAUCCGUCAACAAUACCGUGUGCCACUUCUCACCUCUUGGCAGUGAUGAGAGUGUCCUGGAAGAAAAUGAUGUCGUUAAGAUGUUAGUCACUUGAUUUCGGUUUGCUACUCGUUUGAUGCCCUUUGGUAUAUGUCUAUUCGGUGUAUAUAAAACCUGUAUGCCUAUGCAGAGAUAUGGGAUGCCAUAUAGAUGGCUUUAUUGCUGUAGUGGCACAUACUCACGUGCUACAGGAGGGACCUGUAACAGGGAGAGCUGCUGACGUGAUUGCUGCCGCUAACACUGCAGCAGAGGUCGCUUUAAGGCUUGUUAGACCUGGGAAAAAGGUAAUUGUUUGGCAUCUGUGUAUCAUAAAGCUUGCUGCAUUUGUUCUGCAAGGUUAUAGGUAUGUAUGUGUAUAUAUAUACCUUUUGUGUUUAGAUCAAAAUAAUUAAAAAUUAUCCACGGUAGCAAUCACAUUGGAUUGGCGUGCAUCUCAUGGACAGAGAUGGUUGUCCUUUCCAGAGUUUUUUCUGUCAUGGAUACAUCAAAAGAUAAAGUUAUAAUUACAUUUACCAAUAUAUUGAUGUAGAUCAUAUGGUUAGGUAGGCAAUUUCUGUCCCCGAACUGUUACGAUAUUGAUUAAUACUUUGGAUUUAUUCCUAGAUUUCCAUGGUUUGAUGCUAUCACCAUAAUUUCUAUUGCCUUGCUAGAAAAUCAGACUCUGACUAUUUUAAUUUUUUCCCGAUGCAAAAACAUUGCUCUAUGUUUUGUGAUUAACAUUCGUGUUUUAAAAUUUUUUGCUUUAAUAUUUCUACAACAUGUAUUAUUAAAAAAUGUUCUUUUACCUGUUCAAUGCUAUUGAUUUUAGUUUAUCCCGUGAAAAAAUGCUGUCAACACUGCUCAUCAUUGUUCUUUUCUUGACGUUUUCUUUGAAAGGAAACACGGAUGUGAUUUACUUGUGAAUAUCAAUCAAAAUUUAGUUUGUUUGAGGAAGACUUUAUUUUUUUAGUUUUCUAAUGUCUCUCUGAUUAUGUAAUAUUCCUGCUACGCAUUUAAUUGUACCCUAUUUUGCUUCAGAUGCCUCACAUCUGUCCCUAGGAGUAGAUAAUUGACCAGUAAGUAUGUGGUCACGUUAUCAUUUAAUAUACUGGGAUACUUUUGAAUUUCAGUGUAUUAAACACGUAAACUUACGAUGUUUUGUCAAGGCCGUAGUGGGUCUGGACAGGCACCAAAAUUUACCCACGACUAUAACACUGGCAGAGUGUACUGUUGUCCACUUUUUCAAACGCUGGGAGGUUUGAAGGUGGCCCUAAGUCUUCAAUGCCAUCAGUGUAGCGACACUGAACUCUUUAAUCUAUCUACCAUAAGAGUCAAACUCUUCUGCUGAAAUAUUUUCCUGAACUUUAUGGAUUCCAUUCUCCAUAACCCAUUUCUUUAAUAAGCGAAAUUGGCGAUUGAACGAGGAACUAUGUAUUGUUUCCAGUUUUUAUGCACCCGCCCGGAGAGUAAGUUAUGUUUUCCUGUUUCAGAACAAGGAUGUUACAGAGGCUAUUCAGAAAGUCGCGGCCGCGUAUGAUUGCAAAAUUGUCGAAGGCGUGCUUAGUCACCAGCUCAAGCAAUUUGUGAUCGAUGGAAACAAGGUUGUAUUGAGUGUCGCCAGCCCUGACGUGAGAGUUGAUGAUGCAGAAUUCGAGGAGAAUGAGAUUUAUGCGAUUGAUAUUGUUACUAGCACGGGCGAAGGCAAGGUAACGAGAUCCAUCUGAAGCCGGACAUGCAAUACUAGGGUCACUAGAUGGAUUCGCUAUAUCUGAUAUGAGGCUAUACAAACUGCAGCCCAGGAUGCUGGAUGAGAGGCAGACGACCAUUUACAAGAGAGCUGUGGACAAGAACUAUCAUCUGAAGAUGAAGUCCUCGAGGUUUAUCUUCAGCGAAAUCAGUCAGAAAUUCCCAAUCAUGCCUUUCAGCGCAAGGUCUGCCUCCACUCCCUUCAUCUCCAUCUUUACAGAUCCCUAAUGGUGAUGAGAACACGUCUUUUCUUCCCCUUACUAGGGUGCUCGAAGAGAAGCGAGCUCGGCUUGGGCUAGUGGAGUGCGUGAACCAUGAUCUUCUGCAGCCGUAUCCUGUUCUUCACGAGAAACCUGGUAUGGUAUGCUUGCUCAAACGGGGGGGAUAUGUGUUGGCGUUUGAAUGCCCGAGUGAAUGUGUUUGUGUGUGCAUGCAGGGGAUCUGGUUGCCCACAUCAAGUUCACCGUCCUGUUGAUGCCGAAUGGAUCGGAUAGAGUCACCUCCCACCCGCUGCAAGAGUUGCAGCCCAAUAAGACCGUCGACGACGACCCUGAAAUCAAAGCCUGGUUGGCUCUCGGUACAAAGACGAAGAAGAAGGGCGGAGGGAAGAAGAAGAAAAGUACGUGCUCCCGCUCCCUCUCCCUCUCCCUCUCCCUCUCCUCGUUUUGUUUAUUCAUGAAAAUAUGAAUAAUUCUGCUCUUUUUUCUUCUCUCGAGUGCGAUUUCCCGGCUAUGAUAAUUCACAGAAAAUAAAUAAAGUAAAGUGGAGGGAAAUAAAUAGAGAAAUAGAGCAGCUCCUCCAUAUCAAUCAGGAAUUCAGCAUCAUCUAAGUGACCCACCAUCUUUUUUUAUAUUUUUUAAUCUCUCUUUCUCUCUCUAUUACUCUCAGAUAAGAAAGCUGAUGCCAAAGACGAGCCCGAGGCCAUGGACACCACGGGUGCAGACGCCACCCCGGCUCAAGAAUGA